AUGUUGGAUCGUGCUAUUUGUAUUAAAAAUCGUAGUGGUAAUGAAUGUACCCAUAAUGGAUUAUUAAAUGCUGAAGCAGAAAAUGUGUUAAAUUCUACCCUUCAGGAAUGUCACGACAUUCACGAAAUGGAUGUUGAACAACCGGACCGUACAGAAGUCAAAGAAAAUACUUCUGUUGUAUUAAUCAGUCGUUCAACAACGAAUCUCAGACAUGAAAAUAGUGAUGAUCUUCAAAAUGCUGAACAAACAUAUGAAGAUCGAACUGUUGAUCAACAAGAUCUUAGAUAUAAAUUGGUUGAUUUUGUUCACGAAAUGAAUUUUAUCGAAGAAGUUAGAAUUGCACGCGAAGUUAGACGAGCCCACGGUGAUAAUACUGAAAAUACAUUGAAUUUGGAUGGUAUAUCCGGCUAG